AUGACUGCCCCAGCCCUUUCAGCCCGCGGCGCCUACCGUCAGAUUCUCCGCGCUACCCGCGUUGCCUUCCAUGAGGAUACUCGUGUACUCCUCGCCGCUCGUCAAGAGGCACGCCGCCAGUUUGACGAACAUAAGCGUGUCGGCAUCGAUACGCCCAUGCAGAUCAACCAUGCCAUCGAAGUGGCCAGCAUCCUGAAGCACAACAUUGUGCAAGGAGUAAAAGAGGAGGGCAAUGAAGCCGCCAAGUGGGAACUUCGGAUUCACGAUGAUAUCGAGCGUGGUGACAAUGAUUCAAUUAAGCAUGCAGGCCAGGACAUCAAGAUUCAUAAGGCUUGUUCGGCAUAA